AUGAGCUCACAGAGACGUUGUCGUAUUGGUCAAUGGCUUCCUCCCGACAGGGGAAUCAUUGACCAAUGGGUUGCAGGUGUCAUCAAAGAGUGCCAAAGCGGUAAAUACAAAGAAAAGUUAGACAUGCUAAUGGCUCUUCAUCCACCGGCUCACGAUGAAGACACAGCCCUUGCUGGACUUCCACUUGCAGAUACUAGAGCCAGAUAUACAGAUAAAGACCUCUGUCUUCACAAACCGGUUGACGAUUUGAAGAAUGCCAUUCUCACCGAUCCCGAGAUCAACAUGUUCUUCCAUCAAAUGUUCUGGCAACAGUAUCAUCUCCCAGGUGAUACGUCAGAAGGAACAAAAAUUCCGUCCUGGCAAUUGAUGAUAGUAAUAAUCGACUACAUCAUGACAAUAGCUCCUAAGUUCAACAAGACUGGAUUGGUUGGCUUCCCCAUCAAUGUCAUCUUGAACUGGCCGAUGGCUACCACCGCUGGCUUUGCUGCCUUCCUGAACGACAAGGUCAACAGGUUGUUCAAGAAUAUUCUCAAUUAUUGGGCGGAUUUUCUGUCCAGUCCAGAUUCUUGCUAUGUUUUGAGUGACGAUCCUCGACAUGGUUGGUUUGGUGAGGAUGCAAUGGAAGCAAUGCCAAACUUUGUGGAGGAGUUUAAAUGCGAUCCAGAUGUCCCUCAUUAUGGUUACAAGUCAUGGGAUGAUUUUUUCACGAGAGAGUUUCGCCCUGGAAUUCGCCCAGUAGAAUGUCCUGACGAUGAUUACAUUGUUGCAAACGCCUGUGAGUCGGCGCCUUACCAGAUAGCUACAUGCGUCAAAAAGAGGGACUACUUUUGGAUUAAGAGGCAACUGUACUCCUUAGACUUCAUGCUGAACAUGAAUCACCUGGCCUUGCAAUUUCAUGGCGGGACCGUCUACCAAGCGUUUCUCAGCGCCACCAGCUAUCACCGAUGGCACAGCCCAGUAUCGGGUACCAUCUUCAAGACAGAACUUGUUGAUGGCUCUUACUACUCGCAGACCUAUAACAUUAAGGACGACCCCGCAUCGCCCAACAUGUCUCAAGGAUACCUGGCCCAGGUAGCUGCCCGAGGGAUAAUCUACAUUUUGGCUGAUAAUCCUGAUAUUGGAUUGAUGUGUUUCGUAGCAAUCGGUAUGUCAGAAGUGUCUUCCAACGAUAUCACUGUUAAAGAGGGAGAAAAAGUCAAGAAAGGAGACCAGCUCGGUAUGUUCCACUUUGGUGGUUCCACCCACUGCCUGAUUUUUCGACCUGACGUGAAAAUCGAGUUUGAUACUCGUGGUCAAACACCAGGUCUGGAUACCGACAAUAUUCCAGUAAGGGCCAAAAUUGCCACCGUUUUUCGCCAAAAGAAGAGCGAUGAAUCUGACUAAUCUGAAGAACAUUGAACUGAGAGUAUCCCCUUGAAGAACAUUGAACUGUGAUUUCAUAUGCGUGUUGACAUUCGAGUUAUUUUUACUUAUGUUCAUCUUAAUCCCACUGGUCUUCUGGAAAAUUGAAGCGGCCACAUUAAACCUUUAAGGCUGUUAAGGCAAUAAUUUUUUUUUCGCAUUAUUUAUCCAAUUUCUUUAGUAGUACAGUUUUAAACAUAAUCGGGGUCUUGAGUGCACGCAGUGCAGCCAACCGUGUAUUUUAAUCCUUCAGAUUUUGCCUGAAAAUUGACUACAAUUGUUUCAAGGGUUAGAAAUGAGACAAUUGACAAAUAAUCUUAGUUCAUAUUCUGCAGCAUUGACAUUAACUCUUAGCUAACUACUUUGUUACAAGCAGGAGGAAAAACUUCAGCCCAAAGGGCUCUUGGUUGUCCCGGAAUUUUUCCGUUUAUAUUUGAGCAGUCUUUAAGCAGAUUUAUAUUACUUUAGCUAUUUGGUUAUCUAUGUUGUCUGAAAUAUCCUCUUUGUGAGUUGAAAGGAAGUAUGCAGGCUUGUAGAAAUGCCCCUACAAUUAACUAUAAAGCCGAAAGCGACAAUUGCAAAGUGUCAUCAUGCAUGAAGAGCAGGAUGAAGAGACUGAUACAUUAAAGAUUUCAUGUUAAAACUUAAAAUAUGCAGACUUUCCAGUUCAGUAAUUAAAGUAAGCUCAGUAAUUAAAGUAAGCUUGCGUGUUAUGCUGAAAUAAAGACUUUUGUCUUUAAUAACUUAUUGGGCUGUCUGAUCUCGUGUACUCGAUUUAUUUGUGGAUGAUUUUAAAUUUUCGCAAAGAAAUCUCCAUUCAGUUUUGUGAAGUGGAUCGUGUGCACUUUUUGUGUCAGGAAGGGUAAUCUAAACUAGCUUAAACUUUGUCCGACGUGCUUGCCCGAAAGCAAUUAAACUACAUGGAUCAAGUUGAAAAUUUGCUUCUUGCUAACCGUUCACCUUUGAACCUUAUAUCCGUUUAAUACAAUUAUUGAUUCAUUAAGAGUCACGAUUAUGCUUAGUUAAGUUUCAUUCAGUACGAGUGCAUCAAAGUCAUCAACCACUAGGUUUCUUCUGUAGUCCGGCCGUGACUAGAAAACAAAUUAAAGUAAUUUACCAUACGAGACCAAUAUAUUGCUGAGAUAAUAAAAAGGAGCAACCUGUAUUACCUCAAAGGUAUUUAAAAGACAGUGUCAUCAAAUCUCAAAAAGUAGAUUAAUGCCAUUUUAAUUUGCUUUUUUAAAUUUCUAGAUUCCUUUUUUUUUCAUUGCUGGAUGUAUCUUGCAAACCAAAAAAACCUCUAUGGCCAAACAAUCAUUUUUUUUCUUUAAGUAUAUUUUUAUAGACUUCUGGUAAAGAGAAAAUAGCUUGAAAAAGUGUUGAUAUCAGCGUGUGUUAUAAUAAUGCACGUCGUUUGAUAGAUUAUUUGGUCAAACUAAUUUUAUCUCGUCCAAGUUGUACAUCAUGAUGGACAAUUGCCGCAUUAAUUCUCACGGUAAAUUUUAAUGUACGUAGUAUAUCCACAGAACGAACUUCAGAACUUUGUAUCGUUACUUUGAUUUGUGUUUCGCGAGAGUUUUGUCAUAAAAUGCUACCUCAGCUCAACCUCAGCCUCCCUUUUGUAUAUGUAAAUGAUUUGGAAGAAUGAGGUAAAUAUCUUUCAGAAUAAAAUUGAUCUAAACAGUCAAAUACUAUGCAUUAGGACUAUGUAUCUUAUAUUAUCUUCGCAUUAUUUUGGUUGAGAAUCAAAGUCUUAAGUAUGGAAAUAUCAUCAAAGGGUUUUGCUAACAAAAUCAAAUUCCAAACAACGCCUUUACUUGAAGAGCCCAAUUAAGAAUGAACCUGAUUGGGUCACUUCCAGUCACGGCAGCGUAAAUCAUCGUCUACCUAAACAACUCGGCAAAUAUCAUGUGUGAUAACAGUUACGUUAUUCAAACUAUAUUGCUGUUGCUUAACUGAACCAAACGCUACAACUACAGACCAGUAUGGUGUCGAACAAAGAAACUGAUACAUUUUGCAUGUCAUCAAGCUAAAUGGGCCCUUCUGAUCGCUGGUGGGACCCCCACCCCCUCCCUUCUCCUUUCUUUGAAGCAAUGGGUUGACCGGACGGCCGAUUACUUCCAAUAAUCUGCUUUCGCACCGAGCAGUUUCAGUUAUCAAUCACGGAAAGCACUAUAUUGGCCAUGAAAUGCUGUGGACCUUUUUACACCAAACAAAAAUACCAUUUAAUGGAUCAAAGUAUUAAGCUGACUGACUUAAUUGAAACUGUCAAGUUUCAUAAAAAUCCUUCGCAAAUUUUGAAAUUUCGGAAUUAUAUGAAGAGCCCCAUAUUGUGUGACUGCAGUAUUUAUAAAGGAACGAAUAUCAGGGCAAUACUAAUACCUAGCCUGCGAAAACAUCAGUUUCUCCUCGCUCUUCGCCGAUGGGGACGUUUCGCGCACGUUUAGAUCCUUACAUUCGCGCGCAUUUGGAGCCUUAUAUUUGUGGGAGGCAGUUUAAGGUUAAUUUUUGCAAACGUUUGGAGAUUGACUAAAUUCAGAAUGAUAAAUUAAUCUUUACAAGUGCCAUUUGGUGACAAUGGUAAAGGGUCAUUUUAGAUCCUUGAAACUUGAAAAAGGAUAGGAAUUGGAACCAUGCCCUCAAGACUUAGAUCACUCAAUCAUUUUCUGAGUUGUUAAGUUGGUGUAUGGUGGGUGAAGAAAACUCCCUCAAACACUAUUGAGCUCACAACCCAUUAGCGAUAUUGAUUGCAAAGAUGAUUUUGUUAAUGAGCGUGGGAAGCUAACUGCACGACAUUCGAUCGAUGAGAUUCCAGACAUUGACUCUGCACCUUAUAUAACUUUAAUAACUGACGUUCCUGACCGUCAAGUUAGUACCCAUAAAGAAAUAACCAGGAAAAGGAUCACGAGGCAAGAGCUCCAUGGUUGAGUAAAAUCAGGACAUCGGUCCAGAACCCCUCAGAAAACCUCCCCAACACCCCCGGAACACCCCCGGAACGCCCCCAAAACACCCCUGAAACACCCCCGAAUCACCGGCAUAACAACCGUAUUAAACACUCUCGGAACAACCACAGCUUCUGAUAGAGGAGGAAGGAAGGAAGGAAGGGGCGCUAAAGGGGUACUUUCGGCGCUCGUGGGGCGCUCAGAGGCAAUUCUUGAAGCGAAUCCAGUCAAAAGCGUACAAAAACCACGGCAAAAUCUAUGCAGGUUUUAUACAGCCAGCUAAUAUGCUAAAUUUAAGACUCAAGGAUAUCUUGAACGGAAUUGGCUGCAUUUGCUGCAUUUUCUGAGACCUACAACCUUGCACAGAAUAAAAAAAAAGAAAAGCACACGAAACCAAAGAUGAAGUCCACGAAGAAAAAAAAGGUGCAUUUUCUUUCCUUGAGUUGAAAGGGUGGGGAGGGACGUGAGGGAGGAUUUCGCUUCUCAGGAUUUUGAGGGCAGCAAAUUGUUACAAUAUUUAGGAGAAAAAUGAGACAGCCCCUGGUCACACAUUCUUUAAUUUUCAAAUACGCUCCAGAAGAAUUAGAGUUCUCCACAGGGAAGUCAAAUAUUUCUUGUACUAGUUGGGUCAGAGUAAGACUGUGAUAAAGAAGUUUUAAUUAACAUUUUGGUUCUUCAACCAUACAAAUUCCUCACUCAGGAUGAAUGGCUGCAAGCUUUCGUCGCAACGACUUAUGGGAUCGUUUGGGUGAACAAGCGUUACUUAUGAUUGGUUAAAGAUUCUAUUUUUGACAGAAAUAGUACCAGUUUCCCAACCUCGUCCCCAGGGCUUUUCCCUUAAAUGGGUGGGGCGGGAAAAGGCCCUGGCAUCGGCUGGUCACGUGCACAGCCUAAAUAUUCCUGAGAAGCUAAUUUAUAUGCAACCCGCUGGUUUUGCGCUGACAGAAGUCGAACGGAGCAAAAAUGGAAAAUAAUAAUAUCGCAAACUGUAUGUCAAUAUUUUCGCGUCUGUGCGAUUCAAAAGCUUAAGAUCCAUUUAAUUGCGUAUUAUUCAAAUGCUACAAGAACCGGCUCUACGUUGUCACGUACAAAAUAUGUCAAAUGCUUCAGAGUUGAGACAAGCUGUUAUCGAGUAGUACUUCGACUGAAAUUCAUCGUGACUGUGGAAUUACUGUACGAUCAAGCAGAAAGUGAUUUUGUCCAAUGUCAAACAAAAAUGCGGGCCUUUGCCUCUAGGAUCUGCAGUGAAUUUAAACAAAUUGGACUUAAUUGAAAUAGAAUUGUUCAUCAAAAUACUUUAUGAUGGAGUCUGGUCUUCUCUACAACCCGACCAUGAAACCACAGGCAGCCCAAGCGCACUAUUCGUGGGUUCGGGCUUCAGAGGUCAUUUGGUGGGAAUAUACUAGAAUUAUUAGUGUAUUAUCUGAUGCCAAAUAAAUGCAAAAAGUCUUAAAGAUAUGAAGUCUUCUUGUUUGUCUAUCGGUACUAGUAGCCUUUAAGAUAACGAAAAUCGAUAUUUCUUGCAUUAUUACAUGUGAUUCGGGCCCUUAUUGAUCGAAUUUUAUCACAUGUAUUCGAAUCUACAACGCUAAGGGAAAAAAAAUCAUGAUCACGCGAAAUAUUGAUUCAAAAAGCUCCCUUACCUUUCGUUCAUAGCCACUCUGUGUCCUACGGCUGGUUUAAACGCCGUUUAGUCGACUUUCUUUCCAUCGAGUACUGAACACUAUAAAAGAAGGGAAGGCUGGAGACCUUCCAAUUGACCCUCGUCGCUCGAAGGCCAAUAAAUUCCAAACAAAGCGACCGAUCUCCCUAAAAUUGCCACCAGCCAGACCGAAGAGUGUACACCUACCCGUUCGACGAGCGCCAGGUUCUAAAUUCGGCUGCAUGAGCUCGAGGAUCGUUGCAUUUCGCAUCGAUUCUGGCCAGCUUCGCUUCGCCAUGAUGCGCAAUCUUAACUGUUAUCCUACGAGAUUCAAAUCUUGGAGCUUAGCGACGGCGUCAGAUGGACAAAACGUCACUCUCGCGGGGGGAGGGUCGUCACUUUUGCCCUAUCGCAAACCGACACCGUCCGGGGAGCCGGUGCGUUUAAUUCGGCCGGAAACAGCUCAUGCGUGUAUGACACAUGAAACCCAAAAACGUCCCAGACUGUCUUAUCUCCGAUUUGAGAUUUAAAUCUUGCCAAUAACGGUUCCAAAAUCAGUUCGUUGCAGUCCGUUGUUUGGGUCAGUAGUUCUGUUGGAGUUCGAUAUUUCCUUUCGUAUUUUAACAAUAGUUCUUUUCAGAGAUACCCUAAAAUAUAUUUUUCUUUUACACGUAGCUUGUUUGUUAGUAAAAUCGCGUGUAUUUCGGUUCCUGUGGUGAUCGCGUGUAUUUCGGUGCCUGUGUCUAGCGUUUGAAGAAAGUCUGUUGAUAACGAUGUUCUCAAAAGUAGCCAGACAAGAGGAGGAUUUUCCUCCGAAGAAGAAAAGGAAAUCUUUUGGCUAUUCAGAAGAGUGGAAAAUAAUAAAGACAGUCUGGGACGUUUUUAGGUUUCAUGUGUCAUACACGCGUGAGCUGUUUCCGGCCCAAUUAAACGCACCGGCUCCCCGGACGGUGUCGGUUUGCGAUAGGGCAAAAGUGACGACCCUCCCCCCGCGAGAGUGACGUUUUGUCCAUCUGACGCCGUCGCUAAGCUCCAAGAUUUGAAUCUCGUAGGAUAACAGUUAAGAUUGCGCAUCAUGGCGAAGCGAAGCUGGCCAGAAUCGAUGCGAAAUGCAACGAUCCUCGAGCUCAUGCAGCCGAAUUUAGAACCUGGCGCUCGUCGAACGGGUAGGUGUACACUCUUCGGUCUGGCUGGUGGCAAUUUUAGGGAGAUCGGUCGCUUUGUUUGGAAUUUAUUGGCCUUCGAGCGACGAGGGUCAAUUGGAAGGUCUCCAGCCUUCCCUUCUUUUAUAGUGUUUAGUACUCGAUGGAAAGAAAGUCGACUAAACGGCGUUUAAACCAGCCGUAGGACACAGAGUGGCUAUGAACGAAAGGUAAGGGAGCUUUUUGAAUCAAUAUUUCGCGUGGUCAUGAUUUUUUUUUCCCUUAGCGUUGUAGAUUCGAAUACAUGUGAUAAAAUUCGAUCAAUAAGGGCCCGAAUCACAUGUAAUAAUGCAAGAAAUAUCGAUUUUCGUUAUCUUAAAGGCUACUAGUACCGAUAGACAAACAAGAAGACUUCAUAAUUAUCUUUAAGACUUUUUGCAUUUAUUUGGCAUCAGAUAAUACACUAAUAAUUCUAGUAUAUUCACAGGCAGCCCAAGCGCACUAUUUGUGGGUUCGGGCUUCAGAGGUCAUUUGGUGGGAAUAUACUAGAAUUAUUAGUGUAUUGUCUUUCCCUCGUGUCGCGCUUCGCGCUCGUGUCGCGCUCCGCGCGAAAUAUCGCGUUCGCCCAUAAAGGCUCAUAAAGCGCCUGUCAUGCAGGCUACCUAUACCUUUCCACUGACAAUUGGUACCGCUUUCACUCACCUAGUUUCAAUGCGGUUACUCUUUAACUGCUGUAAAUGCAGCCUAUUUUAAAUAUGAAUUAAUCAUUCACCAAGAAAUAUUCUUGGCUUUUUUACAGUCAUAAAAUAAGCUGUAAUGUCUUUAAGGUCCUUUCACAGUCCGCAAUUGCAAUGACAGAUUUCGUUUCCCUUUUGUAUACUUAACAUAGUGAAAACAAUGCCAUUUUUCAUUCCUGAAGCCUAAAAAAGGUAUCCCUUUCGGUAGGAACCUCCCUUUUCAGAGGCCAUAGCCGGGGCACUUCCUCCAGAUGACGCUAAAGCAAACUCACGUUUCGAAUAAAAUACUUCAGACAAUGAUAAAAACAAACUGAAUAUAUAUAGUUUCUUUUUAAUUAACACUACAACAGUAAGACCCUUUACAACCUUUGUUUUUUUUUUUCUCAACGUAUAUUAAUGGCAGAAACGUAAACCUCACCAUGAAAAUGCAUGAAAAUGAUAAGUAGUCCUGCCGCUUACGAAAUUCUUUUUACGUUUCGAAGAAAGCCUCUAUUUAGAGGAAACUUUAUCCAUCACGAAAUAUCUUGUUUUUGUUUUUUACGUUAUGACCAAGCAGAUGCACACAUAAAGAAAGAUUUGUUAAAAUAGCACAUCCCCUAUAACUUACCGUAUUUUUUCGAUGAACCGCUCUAGGCGCGUAUUAAAUUUUUGGGUCUUGAGAGUGGGCGCUUAUUCAAGGUGGCUGCUUAUUCGAAGCUGGGCGCUUACAUUUUUCACCAUUUAUGAAUGCGUCCACUUGACUGGACUGGAAGCUAACUUUGCGUUUGACGUCUGAAAGUUUCUUAUGAGCUUUUCUGCUUGGUUCUGAGAUUGUUUCAAGUUAGAUUGUAUAUACAUUCAGAUACGGGCCGGAUAUUGCCAUGUUCUUUUCGUUUUAACUGAAUGGUCAUCGUUUAAUGUUACCCCGCGCGGCACUGUUUGUAAACUGGUCCAGUCAACUGGAGGCAUUGAUUGUACGAGAGGAACUAUCGAGUUUCGACCCUUGUCAUUAUUUAUUACCGUUAAUUCAAAAAUUAACAAAUUACAGUCGAACCUCGCUAUUUCGAACUCGGUUAAUUCGAAGUCCCCGCUAUUUCGAAGGAAGAUCGAAUGCCCUUGGAUUUACCUUUCCCCUUUACGCUUCCCCGGUUAUUUCGAACUUUUUUUCAUUUCCCUUGGGACUUCGAAAUAGCGGGGUUCAACUGUAAUAACCAACGAUGAAACGCGAGCCGAUAAUAACAACCGGAGGGUGACACCAACAUUGAAAUGCGAGCCAAACCACUGCGACCAGUCUUUCUUUUUCUUCAGAUUUAGUGAGGGCAACGCACGCGCGCGGAGGCGGCGAAGCCUCGAGACGCGCGAAACGAGGGCGUCCCGUCUCGCGCCAUCAGUCACGCGCGUGGCCAUUUGCGUGUCUUGCGUUUUGUUCUACGGACUACAGAAAAAUGAGAGACUGCUCGUAGUCUAAACCACAUAAAGCAUUGCCAAAUCAACAACAGUCAUAGCGUCAAUUUGAACAUCGUUUUCGCAUCGUAAAACAACUUCCAUGUCACUUCGCACCACAGCGGAUUCGAGAAUAAAACUAAACUGGUAAAAUUUAUCUCUUAUUUAAUUUCCAUCUGCAGUUUACUAAUAAGAGCGUGGGCUCCCUAUGCCCGGUUUUCAUAACCCCAGGUAGAUAUAUCAGGGGCAACCAACGUCAAUUUUCGGAAAAUAUCUGUUCGGAAGACGAUUUGAGAUCUAGAAUUUUAGGAACAUGUGUCAUAAAAUUUCUUGUUUGCUGCCUCUCCUAGGAUUUUCGAACAUCUAAAAAUGGUAUAAUUGCCCAUUUUUAACUGAUUUUUACCCUAAAAAGGUCAUCUAGAAUUUUCGGGAACCUUUUUUCUGGGUGAAAUUUUCGAACAGGUACCCUUUAAUUUUCGGAUCACUAUAACUUUCAGCUAGGAAAACUAGCCUAAAUUACAGUCACUAAAAAUACGUUAAAAGUUAAAAGUACAACAAUAUUAAAAAAAAUCAUUUAAAAAAGCUAAAAAACAACAUUUAGAAUAUAUUUAUAAGGUAAACUGAUAAAAAAUUAACAAGUAACCAAAACACUUUUGAUUUAUAUAUAAUAUAAUUCGAAAAUACGAGUUUUAAAAACCACAGCUGACUUAGAAUCCUUCAUUUCACUUGCAAUAUUAUUAAAAAGUUUAGAUCCACUUUCUUGCCGUCUCAGUUCUGACUUUGGGGAACAGCAAGUUUUGCCCACUUCUCCUCGUGUUGUGGAUUAUUCUAAAAGCCCUAAAAUAAUCUUUAAAAACACUGGACGGGAUCCCUUCAAACAUUUAAAAGUCCAAUUAACAGUAUGCAUGUCACGCCUCAUAGACAAGGGAAGCCACUUUAAAUUCUUCUCAGCGUCUGAAUCUCUAGUCUUCAAGACAAUCUUUGCUGCCCUUCUCUGUGCUCGAUCUAACUUAUCACGUGUUUUUUCCCAUUGCUGCUCCAUGCAACACCGCAAUAAUCCAUAACGUUAACCGGCAGAACAAGAGACUGAUGAACUUUAUUGGCUGCAUCGACAGUUAGGUUGUUUUUAAUUCUCCCGAUUCUUUUGGAAAUCUUAACCAGUAGCUUAUCCACGUGUUCGAUGAAAUUAAGAUUUGCAUCUAUUAGCACACCAAGGUAUUUGUAAUGUUGUGCUUGGUUUAUCGGCUAGUCCCCGAGAAAUAAGCAAAAAAUGGCCCAUCUGAAAGGGUAGCCGAAGCGAUUCGUUGUUGCGAGCUGAAAAGAACGCAUUCGGUCUUCACAGAAUGAAUGCACAGCUUAUUAACAUAGGUCCAGGUCUGCAACUGUUUUUAUUAGGUCUUUAUUGAAAACAGUACUUAUGUUUCCGAUAUUGGAGUCAGCGUAGAAAAGGACAGCAUCGUCCGCAUAAAGUAGGAUCUUUGACUGAAGUAAACAGUUGGGCAAGUCAUUGAUGUAAAUCGAAAACAAUCUGUCAAAGCUUAGCCAAGGGUCAUCCCAUAUUCUAUGGUUUGAUAUAACCACAAAUCCGUUAAUUAGACCUCCCUAUUUCUGCGACCAGAUUUUCAUAGCCCAACGGUUUUCGUAUUACAGCUUUCCACUGUGUAUGGCUAAAUCUUACUGUAGAAGUCAUUUUGUUUUAUUUGUUGAAUAGCUGAAGAAGCAUGGGUGGCCGUCUAAGCCAACCCAACUGCAGUGAAGUGAACCGAAGUGAAGCGAAGUGAAGUGUAGUUAAGUGAAGUGAAGUGAAGUGUAGUUAAGUGAAGAACUAAUAAACUUGUGGCCCUCUACUUGGUAACAAUUUUACAAUGUUUUAUAGGAAGAUGAAAGUUUACAUAUACAAACGCUGUAAUAUUUUACGAAUGCAUAGGUUUUCCGGGGGUUGGUUAAGUACGGAACGAAUUUAUAUUGGAGCGAACGGAGAAACAAUCGCCCCCACCUAGCCUAUUAAUAUGAGUCUCAUUAUCAGGGUUAUCAGCAGGAUAACAGUUUCCUCAACCGUUGUCUCAUAAUCGAAAAAACACCCUAGAGGGCAUUUGGCAAGCAUAACUCUCGACUCAUCAAUUCGCAAAUGUGCUAAUAUUCAUAAUUAUUUUCUAAGAAAGUAGACACACUUGAUAACGGGUACCCAUGCUGAUGAUGUUAAGUCUUUUACGCUGGUUUUUCUUUUUCCACGCAACACAAUCAGUCUUAAGCAGUAGGCCUUUUCGUCUUGGUCAAUGGCUUCCUUCCGACUGGAACGUUACUGACGAAUGGCUGGCCAACAUGAUCCACGAGUGUCAAUGUAAAUACAAAGAUAAGUUAGAAAUGCUUUUGGCUCUUCAUCCACAAGCUAAAGAUGACGAAACAGCCCUGUGUGCACUUCGAUCUACAGAUACUAAAAUUACAGAUAAACACCUCCGUCUCCAUAAACCAGUCGAAGAUUUGAAGAAUGCUAUUCUCACCGACCCCGCGAUCUACAUGUUCUUUUACCAAAUGUUUUGGCAACAGUAUCAUCUUCCAGACUCUUCAGAAGGAACAAAAAUUCCGUCCUGGCAAUUGAUGAUAAUAAUAAUCGACCACAUCAUGACAACAGCUCCAAUGUUUAACAAAACUGCAUUGGUUUGCUUUCCAAUCAAAGCUAUCUUGAACUGGCCGAUGGCUACCACCGCUGGAUUUGCUGCCUUCCUGAACGACAAAGUCAACAGGUUGUUCAAGAACAUUCUCAGUUAUUGGGGAGAGUUCCUGUCAACUCCAGAGUCUCGCUAUGUCUUAACUGACCAUCCUCGACAUGGUUGGUUUGGUGAGGAUGCAAUGGAAGCAAUGCCAAACUUUGUUAAGGAGUUUAAAUGUGAUCCCUCAUUAUGGUUACAAGUCAUGGGAUGA